GUUUGCUGCUUUUGUUAUCCGUGCCACGACGUCACCGGGUAGUUUCGGCCAAGCAAAGUAAAGCAAACAUGAACUCCAGCCCAUAUAUCCCGCAUCCUCAACACACCUUUCUCCUUCACAACCCUCUUCCUUCGAUCUUCAUUUUCAACAAUUCCUUCGAGCUCAAGUAGGUGAACAAUGACGAACCCUGAACUUCGUCGGCAAGUAAUCAAUGUCUAUAAAGAGUUACUCUUUCUUGGACGUAACUAUCCACUGGGCUAUGAAUACUUUAGGAAUAGAUUGCACAAGGCGUUUGCCAGCCAAGCACAUCUGAGGGAUGAUGAGCAGAUACGGAAGGGUAUAGCACGGGCGAAUUUCGUGAAGAAAGAGAUUGAGGCACUGUACUACUUGAAGCGAUAUCGCACGUUGAAACAGCGCUAUGAAAACAAUUAGGGCCAGCAAGGCAAUGAGACAUCACGCCUUGACAGAAACGAAGUAAACACAUGGAAAAUUAACAUAAAUGGGGUAUCACCAAUAAGAAGUGAGCAACGGGCUGCUCUGCUUUUUCUGCUUGUUCUUUGCUCGUCCACCCAAAAAAAA